AUGGUGCCUCGACACGAGCUUCAUCCUGUACAACCGCACGUCUUCUCCACAGACCACACCUCAUCGGAUCCAUCAUCACACUCCUCACGCAGCGACACGAAUGACGCAGACGAUGAGCGAUCCAUCUCAUCUUCCCAGACCAGCAGUAUGAGGUCUCUCAACCACGACGAUAACGCUGUGACAGGCCCACGACAACCUGCUUAUCCUGGAGAAGACACGCGACCCACCUCACGUAAGGAACUGGCAGGAUUUUAUGCGUAUAGCUUUGCCGCUGAGGUCUUCGUCGUCUGCGGUCUUGGAGCCUUCAUUCCCAUCACAUUGGAAGAACUCGCACGAGCCUCUUCCACUGCGGUCUUAGCUGAUGACCACAGUCAACCAUGUCGAUCGCCACGGAACCCUCUUGGUCCAGAAGGCCCGUCUAUGUCUCUGCGUGGAUUCAAUGCCAACAAGGAACAUGGCCAUCAGUGUGUCAUCCAAUUGCUCGGUCAUGAGGUCAAUACUGCCAGCUUCGCAAUGUACACUUUCAGCAUCAGUGUCCUGAUCCAAGCUCUGGUCGUCAUCACUAUGUCUGGUGCUGCGGAUCAUGGACGAUUCCGCAAGACGCUACUUAUCACCUUCGCAAUCGUUGGCUCGGUUGUAACGAUGCUUUUCAUCCUGGUCACGCCUACUGUGUACCUGCUUGGCAGCUUAUGGGCUAUCAUCGGCAACGUGUGCUUCGGUGCGAGUUUCGUGACCUUGAACUCCUUCCUGCCGUUGCUUGUCAGACACUAUCGUCUGGAGACUCCUGGUGAUGAGGCUGGAGCAAGAUUGCUUGAUGAGUACGAUGAGCAACUACCGAAUGAUCAAACUUCACCCAAUUCUCUUAUGCCCGAUGGCAGCACAGACCCCACAGAAGGACUAUUGCCAGGCGAGCAUACCGCACCAUUCUCAGCUUCAUAUGCUGCAGCUUCAGCAAACUCUCAGCUCUCCACUAAGAUCUCGUCGUAUGGAGUGGGCAUUGGCUACACCGCCGCGGUUCUCGUACAGAUUAUAUCGAUCUUCAUUCUCAUGGCUACACACCAGACACUUUUUUCCCUGCGGCUUGUACUCUUCUUUAUAGGAGGCUGGUGGCUGGUCUUUACAUUCCCAGCAGCACUUUGGCUGAGACCACGUCCAGGCCCACCACUGUCUGCAGGCAAAGAUGGCAAACCUCGAUCAUGGGCGAGCUACAUUGGCUAUUCCUGGGUCAACCUGGGUAAGACGGUCAUUCGAGCUCGAAGACUCAAGGACGUCAUGCUAUUUCUAGCAGCAUGGUUCAUGAUCUCAGACGGCAUAGCCACGGUGUCUGGCACAGCGAUACUGUUCGCAAAAACAACACUUCGCAUGGAAGGCUCGGCACUGGCGUUCAUCAACGUGAUUGUCACCUUGUCCGGCAUCGCAGGUGCCUUUACGUGGUCCACGGUAAGCCGGAUGAUGGAGCUGAAGCCAAGCCAGACUAUCCUGAUCUGCAUAUGCCUGUUUGAACUUAUACCGCUCUAUGGCCUGCUUGGCUAUAUACCAGCCAUACAGCGUUUUGGCUCCUUCGGCCUGCAGCAGCCAUGGGAGAUGUAUCCUCUGGGUGCCGUCUACGGCUUGGUCUUGGGAGGUCUAUCCAGCUAUUGUCGAUCUCUAUUCGGCGAGCUGAUACCUCCUGGCAGCGAGGCUGCAUUUUAUGCUCUAUACGCUAUCACCGACAAAGGGAGCUCGAUCUUUGGGCCGGCGAUAGUGGGUGCUAUUACAAAUGCUACGGGAGAUAUCAGACCGGCGUUCUUCUUUCUCGCUGUACUGAUUGGGCUGCCGAUACCGAUCAUGUGUCUCGUUAAUGUCGAAAGAGGCAGGAGAGAGGCUAUAGCACUGGCGAGAGAUACGACGGCACUUUCGCACGAGCUCUCGAAUGAGGACGCCACUUCAGAGUAA